AUGACUUCGAUAGCAAUUUGGGACUGCACAACAUGUCCAGCAGCAAAUAUCGACUUCUUGCAACAGAUAACAAAGAAUACCAAAACAAAUAAAAUGAAAAUAUUUGCUUUUUCUGAAAAUUCAGAAAAUGUUCCAAUGCAACUCUUCGAAAUGCAAAAUAUUUUAGAUGUUAUAAUCAGAUUUGGAGAAAUGGCAUUGUUUGAUAUCGUUUCAGAUGUUAUCACAAGUAUUCGCUCUAUUAAAGAAGUAAAAUGCAUUUAUCUUGCAACAAAUAAUAUUCAAUAUUGGAUUACCCCGAUUGAAACCAUAAAACCAUCCGAAGUUCAAGCAUUUACCGCAUUAUCACAACAAGAAUUCAACGAAAUUAUUUCAUUCUCAUUUCUCGAUCUCAAGAAAUACAAAUACAAUCGGUGGUCAGGCGAAAAACAAAUAGUUAAUCCUAUUAAACCACAGAAACUAAAUCAGCCACAGCAAAUUCCAGAGGAAGAAGAAGAAUUUGUUGAUGACAUGCAAUUACAAGAAAAAGAAGCAGAAUCUGAUCACUUUUCUCAAAAUGAAGAGGAAGAGACCGUAUUGGACUCCAAUAUCAUUGAAGAAGAGGAAGAUAUGGAAAAUGAAAUUAAUGAUUCUAAAAAUUCUUUCAAUUCCUCAGGAGACAUCAAACCUCUUGUCUCAAUAGAGAACGAACAAAUCAUUGAUCUAAGAUCUCCUGCACCUGCAGAACGCUCAACCGAUUUAAUAUCUAGAUCUUCUCCAUUACAUUCUAUAUCGCAAACACCUCGCAGAGAUGGUGACACAUUCACAAUUCCACAUGAAUUCCAAGCUCUUGUUGAAUCGAUGAAGGCAGUUGGAAAGGCUAUGAUUCCAAUGAACGCAUUGAUUGAAGAAUACAAGAAGACAUGUAGCCAAUUAGGCACUGGCGACCAAAACCUCUUAAAUGUAAUUCAAAAAGCGUCUGAUCAAGGUUUUGUUAUCUUUGACAGCACAAUCAAUUACAUUAGAUUCAGAGACCGUAAGAUAUCAUUUUCUAAGAUAAACUAUGAGUAA